CAGUAAAACGGUCUCUUUGCAAAACGCGCCACCCGUCGGCACGCUGCUCCGGGGGCCAGUCUCCUGCGCAGAUAGAUAGAUUGCCCCAGGCAGGAUCAUGCCUCCCCGAAAGAGCUCUGCUCAAAAUCCCUGGCCGCUCCCUGGACCCCAAGCGGGCCUCGACUCCUUGCGCUUUUCCUCUGCAUGCGCCUGGGAUCAUUCCCAAGCGCGCAGCGUGUGCCUCUAAGUAGCUCCCUGGUAGUUAAUUUUAAAUAAUAACAAUUAACAGUUAAAAGGACAGGGAAGGAAGAGGUGCGGGGAUCAAUCCAGGUCUCUAAGCCCUGCUGCACUCCGAGCUCGACCUGCCGUUUCUUAACCCCAGAUGGUUCCGGACUGGCUGUUAAUGCAGAGAAGACGGUUGCUUGAUACUCACCACCAGAAUCCUGCUGUGCUGGAUUCACCAUGGCUGAGAAGUAUCCCGCCAACCACAACUCUCCGGAGAGAAGACCGGUGCUGGUCUCAUCUCACUCCUCCACCAGUGAACCUUCUCCAUCUGGUCCCUCUGACCUGCAGCCCUUCUCCCUGGGCCGGGUAUCCUCUUCCACCAACCUGUCCUCCAUCACAGUGCCGGUGCGCCUGGAUGUCCUUUACUUCCUGCUCACUAGCGCCGCCAGAGGGGCUCAGCAUGCCCUGCAGCCCACCCCCCUUCAAGGCGGGCAAGGCUCUUUCCCCGCCUGCCACGUCCCAGCUACUCAGUACUCCUUGAGCUGCUGUGGGUGCCCCUCCUCCUGCCACAGUGUGCCAGGCGUUGCCACUGUUGUUCAGCAAGUCAGUGGGGCUCAGCAAGCCAUUGGGGUCCCCCAAGGAAGAGCACAUGGUGGGCAGAACGCUGGAGUUAUGGAGAGCCGAAACAAUGGACCCCGUUGGAGCAGCAAUGGCCAACGAAGUGAUGGGAACAGCUGGUCCCGUGUCAACCAAAACCAACCAGACUCAUCAGGGAGUUGGAGAAGAGCCCAGUUCUCCGGGGGCUGGCAGGAGAACCCGAGAAGGGAAAUGGGAGGAGGACAAGGCAAUUGGCAGGGCAGACGGCAGAAUUUUAGCAGCCCCUGGGGUGAUCAGAGGCAAGGCAUGGCUGACUCAGCCCCCUGGAAGUCAGGAUCCCAGGAUCGGAGAAGAGAAGCACCUCCUUUGGGCCCCAACGCCAGCAACCGGAGAAGGACCCAAGAGGGGUGUCAUUGGCAGACACCACGGGAUGCCCCAGAUGCCAAAAGACGUCCAGACAGUGCCAGGAUGGGGUGGCAGAAGUCUCAAGAGUCUCCUCGCUUUGUUGGCAAGACUGCAGCCGCUGGACCAGUUGAAAAGGCCCCCCAGGAGAGUGGAGAGGAUUGGGACAUGGAUUAUGAGAGGGAGCAAGCCGUCCCCAAAGCCCCAGAGAUGGCUUCCCACGCUUCUUCCAGGCAGGUUGACACCUCCAAAGACGCUGAGAUUGCUCUCCCAGCCGAUGCCCCCAAGCCGCGGUUGAUGGUCUCUCCUCCCCCAGAGCCUCCCUCCAAGGACCAGGAGUCAGCUACUGCGAGAGAACAGCCCGCGGUACCCAGAACUGAUUGGAGCAAGAGUGCAGGGUUCGUCAGCUACCUCAAGAGCCUUUAUUCCGACCCAUCGGGGAAAUCCAGCUCUGAAGGCUCGACAGAUCUGGUCAUUGAUUUGUCCAAAACGGAGGAGGAAGAGCCGUCGCUGGAGAAUGCAAAACAGUGCCUGGAGAACGCAGCGGAUGGCAAGAUGAAAUCCUGCGAAUAGAGCGAGGCCACAAGACUGGUGAAGAAGAUCCCAGUGGAGAAAUUGGGAAGGAUGCUCUUUUUCUCUUUACCCUCUCCACCCCUCAGCAACAAGUUUGACCUCUGGCAUUUUGUAGCCUGUUGGGUUGAUAAGUUGGAGGUAUGGAGGCCAGUUGACGACGCCAAGUUAGCCUGUGUUUGGUGUUCUGGAGCCUGGGCAUAGUCAGAUAUGCCAGGGUUCUCAAAUUUUGAUCCCCAGACGAUGUUGGACUACAGUUCCCGACAUUCCCUGCAACUAAGACCAUUGUAGCAGGGGAUGAUGGGAAUCAUAGUCCAACAACAUCUGGGAACUCGAGUCUGAGAACUCCUGGGAAUAUGCCAAUGCUAUCUGCCCCAAAGUGGCUUAACCCGACUUCAGUUGGGUUUACGCGACUCCGCUAAAAUGAGGCCUCUCACAUUUGGGUCCCUAGAUGGUGUUUGACUACAACUCUGAUCAUCCCCUGCCACAAUGGCCAACAGCCACUGUGGCAGAGGGUGAUAGGAGUUGUAGCCCAAGACCAUCUACGGGACCCAAGUUUGAGUUCCUCUGCUUUAAAACAAGAUUACAUUUUUGUCGCCACCGGUGCACAUAUUAACAAUUGUAAGCUCUGUUCUAAACCCCUUUUGCUGUUCUUCAUUUUGAACCCAAUAAGAAGCCGUCCCUGCCUCCCAGUUCUUGUUGGUGUGUUGCCAGCACUUUGAGUUCUGGUGCUGCUUCCAACAUGUUUCCUUCUGUGGGAAUGCAUUUGGAAUGAUUCCUGGGAAAAUAUGGGUGGGGGUGGGGAGGGGAGUUGGAAAACCCUCACAUUGGACCUGGAAAUCUGCAUCAGUCAGUUUUUCGGUGAAAAUCCACACGUGGGGUAACACGUUCCUGCUGGUUUCUUUAUGGUUGAUCUUUCCGGAUGAAUCCGUGUCGUUUUUCAGAUCUGACCUACAGUUUUCCAGGAGGGCCUUUUUUUUAAAGUACAGUUGUGCGGAGAUGACUUUUCAUUGAAAGCACUCCCGUUAUUGGCUUCUUACCUGUUUAAAUCCCACUGCAAUUAUAUAAAAGGUCGCUGCGUCCUAAUCCAGCACACGGACAGAGCAGAUCACAAUCCAAAGAACUUGGCCUAUUUGUCUAUUGAAUAGUAGUGCUUACACCAAAAUUUGGCAUUUCAGCUGGGCCCGUGGACUCUGUUAUUUGUUAUUUACUGAGAGGAGUCACUGUUUUGUUUCUGUCUGCGUUUAAUCUAGAAGAGAUUAUUUUGAAAGUUGCUUUGCAAAACCUGGUUGAUAGUUUCUAUGUAUAGUUGGUAUUAUAUAAACCAAUGAGGACUGGUUUAGAUGUCAUGGGAGUCUGGGUUCGAGCCGGGCUCUGUGUGACGUCCCUGCGUCUUGGAGCAUGCACUCUCCCCUCCCCAUGUGAAUGUUCUGCUUCCUAUCUAGGUUAAAAUAAACUGAGAUUGGCUGUGUCAUUUGAGCCCACCAAUCUUGGUUUAUUCUAACCGAGAUUAGAGUUUCCAUUUCCUCGGGCUUAACCUGAGAUUGGAGCUUCCUUUUCCUUGGGCUGAAUCUUUGGUCACCUAGAAGUCACCUUGGCUCGAGAAGAUUUGUGUUCAACUCCCCGAGUCCUGUCCUCAUGUUCCUUGUUUCAAUAAAGAGAAAUCAACACUGCCCAGGCAGAAUGGGCCGUUUUGAAGAAA